AUGACGGAGGAGAUAUUGGACCACUUCUACGGAGCCGGUGGCAACUUCAUCGAUACCGCUAAUCUGUAUCAGGAUGGAGAAUCGGAGGCUUGGCUGGGUGACUGGAUGGCGUCGCGAGGGGUUCGACAGCAAAUGAUCAUCGCGACAAAAUACACCGGCAAUUAUUCUCGCGUAGACGAGAAGGUGCAGAUCAGAUCCAAUUACGGUGGCAACAGUGCCAAGAGUCUGCGCGAUUCCAUGGAAUUCAGUUUGAAAAACCUCAAAACAGAUUACAUCGAUAUAUUAUAUGUCCAUUGGUGGGACUGUACCACCUCUAUAUCCGAGCUCAUGCAGUCGCUGAACCAAAUGGUCCUGGCUGGGAAGGUCCUGUACCUGGGAAUAUCGGACACACCUGCCUGGUUCGUGACGCGAGCCAAUGAGUACGCUCGCAACCACGGGCUACGGCCUUUCGUUGUAUACCAGGGCAAGUGGUCAGCUGCUAACCGCGACUUCGAGCGCGAGAUCAUCCCCAUGGUCAAAUAUGAGGGCAUGGCAUUGGCGCCCUGGGGAACCUUGGGCGCUGGCCAAUUUAAGACCGACGAGCAGCGCAAACAGGGUGGUCGGACAGGACGAGCACCAACAGAGAGAGACAUCCAAGUUUCCCGCGUCCUCGAGAGCAUUGCUGUCCGCAAGAACACGCUGCUUACGAGCGUGGCGCUCGCAUAUGUGAUGCACAAGACUCCUUACGUCUUCCCGAUCGUAGGUGGUCGGAAGAUCGAGCACCUGCAGGCCAACAUCGAGGCGUUAAGCUUGGCUCUUACACCCGAGGAGGUGCAAGAGAUUGAAGACGCCUAUCCUUUCGAGUUGGGAUUCCCUCUCAACUUCAUUUACGGCGAGAAGUUGCCCCAGCACCCCAGCAUUGUGCGGGUUCUCGAGAAUGGUAGCCAUUAUGACUAUGUAUCCGAGCCGAAGUCUAUCGAAGCACAAAGGAGUACCUGA